UCUAGAUGAAUAACGAGAACCUGUCAAGUUUGACAUUUGCAAAACUUAAACCCAAUUUAUAAAGAAACAAUUGUGAUCCAAAACAAAAACAAAAAAACACUGUUUUGUAUAUUUGUUAGUAAGUUGAUUUUCUGUUCAAGUAUUAACGUGACCAUUUUCCACAGAGAUGGCUGAUUUGAAAAAGGAAUUGGACGAAUACUUGUUAUUAAAUAGUGAGCAAAAAAAGUCGAAUGUCCUCAACAUUCCCAAGUUUUCAAAACCCGACUUACGCAAGUUAUUUAACAGAGAUGGUGAUACUACUGUUAAACAAUCUGAUCCCGAAAUAAGUUGUUGCCCCACAAUGACGAGAGUGCAGAGAUUAAUCAGCUUUGUAAUAUGCUUGUCGAUAGGGUUAUUAUGUUUUAGCUUAUCUGCUAUGUAUAUUCCAAUGCUCGUGUUUAAAGCAAGAAAGUUCGCACUUUUGUUUACCUUGGGGAGUUUAUUCUUCAUAUUCAGCGCAUCAUUUCUUUAUGGACCUAUAAACCAUCUGAAGAGUUUGUUUUCUAAACCACGCAUAUUAACAACAACUUUUUAUUUCGGAUCAUUGAGUGGAACUCUAUACUGCGCAUUAUGUCUACAAAGUACUCCAUUAACUGUGGUAUUUGCAAUAUUGCAAGUUAUAACACUCUUAUGGAGUACUAUAGCCAGUGUUCCAGGUGGCACAGCAGGACUUAAAUUUUUGGGAUCGUUAUUCUCUAGAUCUGGAAGUAGUCCUUUACUUCCAAUUUGAGUCGCAGCCAAAGAUUAUUUAAUUAUAGAAUAAUGAGACUGAUAAUCAAUUGAAAUUCAAUUGAUUUUAAUAAUAUUAAAGUUUUGUAAAUAAUAUUUGUAU